UUACUACUCUAUAUCUAUACGCGGUGGAAACUUUUUGUAUCAUACGCGUCAAGUAUACAUGCAUGAAAGGUAAGGUUUUGUUCCUUCAAAAUUCUUGCAUGAAAAAAUUUGUACAACUGCAAUUGACAAAAAUUGUCAUAUUACUGAUAAUUUAAUUCAAAGUCGUUGUAAUUUAAUCGAGGGACAGGCUCGUCUAUUUUCUCCAAGUUCAUUCAUUUUUCAGGAAAAACGAGAGAGAUUCGUACCGCGUAUAUAAUAAAUCAGGGCCUACACCUGACUUUUCACUACAUUGUUAGUUUCAAAGAUCUGACAAGUAUCGUUUGUCUGUGUUAGCAAGCCCCCUCUCCCCCCCCUUGAAUUUUCUUGACGUUCGCGUAUAAAUGAAAAUCGCAUCACCUUCGAACAUUCCGCCGAUCGUCAUCUUCCAGACACGAAAGGUCACGAAACUUGCGAACUGUCGGCCGAUCGAUCGAGUCACCAUGUUUAUACGUAUAUAAAGGGAUUCCGUGUGAGAGAGAGUUAUCGUUUGCGAUAACGGACGUGCCGUUUCGGGGUAGAAACUCAGCAAUGCGAAUCUGCGAAUCGGUCGCACGGUUCGACUGUGGCCUCUUGCAAAAAGGUGGAGGGGAUCGGCGGUGGCUCGAGCUACGUGGUCGCCCCGUGCACUCCCAAUUAUAGAAAGCAGCCUAAUCGUCUAAUUACUCGAUUCUAUAUGCUUUUCAUCGACCGGUGGAUCGAGUCAUCACGCGAGCGAUCGUAAAAUUCGGAUCGUUUAGCAUUCGAAAAUCUCUGGACUCGGCUCUAGAUCCAGAUUAUUAUCGUUGGCACGCUGCAUCAUCAUGCAAAGUCACAUACGUGUACAUUUUAUGAUGAUGAACGACAGCCGCGAAACAAAGUGCACAAAGCCUUGAAUUGGAGUGAUAUCCAGGAAUUCCAGUCGUUUUUUAUUAAUCGAAAAUCGUCUUUCUCCAGCAUGGAGAUUUGAAAGAUUGUUCUCCUCACUUUUUCAUCGCGUUCAGAUGCUUUCUCUUUAUUUACAAAAAAACAAGCUUCGUAAAAUUGUAAUGAAUAUUAAAACAUAAGGUAUCUUAAUAGUAUACAUUGCGAAUCAUAUAGAGUAGAGCAGUUGAAUUAAAAUAGUCGAAUAUUCUAAAGAAAUAGGUAAAUUAUUAUAUCAGAGAGAGAUUAAGCGUUAAUGAGGAUUAAUAGUUGGAAUGAUCAGUUUGUUUUAAAGAGACAAUACUUAAAUUUGCAUUACUUUGCAAAUUACGCUUAUAGCUUUGUGGAACGUUAAUCAAUUAAUAAACGUUCGUUUACUAUUUUACGCAAACAUUGAGAUCCACUCUGUUAGAUCUUCCCUUUCAUAAUAUACACACUUUAUCCGAACCUCAUAAACUUCGUGUCUAUUAAAAGCCGCACCGAUCACGCAGCGAUCUAAACUUCGAAACUUCAUUCAAAGAACAAUAGAAUCCCAAGGUCCAUAAUCUUUACCAAAAUCUACUUUAUAAUUUAUAUCAUUUGCAAGCAAUUACAGUUAUUAGUUUUCAAUUAAUUCAGACACCCGAUUCAAUCCCCGAUUUCGAAUUUGAAGAGAACUGUUCAAGUUCCCCUUCUCUUUCGCCAUUUUUAAAUCGUUGUUCCUUUACAGCCUCCGUGACAUAGAUUAACUUGAAAAGCAAAUACUCAAGAACACGGAGAAACAUUGGAACAUCUCUGACACGAUGAAAAAUGAAAUCGAUAAGAUUCGAACUCCAGCCGAGAUGUGCGAAACUGUGGUACGUCUCUACCUUUUGAUUGAGACGAACGUGGCGGGACGUCCAGAAAUUGAAGGGUGUUGAAUCGAGUUGAACGGCGCGGUGCCCUUCGACCUUCGGCCGAAGAAGCACCCAACGGGAGACGGCCCUGGCGCGUGACGAGUCCUUAUUUGGAUUGGGGGGCCGUCGGCCGCCGCCUCGUCGCGACGCACGGCGUCUCUCCCUCUCGGCGUCACGGUUAGGGCGGCUAAGGACUAGGCGGUGGCGGCGGGUCGAGACGAGUGUUAAUGCACGAUAGAUUUCCAUCUAAGGGGCGGAUCGCUAUUUUCGGCUGCGAACCGAUAUGGAUAAAGGGACCCCACAGAGCCGGCACUGUGCCACUCGCCGCUCUCGGUCUCUUGCACGACGUACGCCCCAAAGCGACCAUUGCCGAUCUCUCGACUCAUUAGCGAACGAAGGUAACACUAAUAAUUAACCAAGAUGUGUGAUGAUGAUGUUGCGGCACUAGUCGUGGACAAUGGGUCCGGAAUGUGCAAGGCGGGAUUCGCUGGAGAUGACGCACCGCGUGCUGUCUUCCCCAGCAUCGUUGGCCGGCCACGUCAUCAGGGUGUGAUGGUCGGUAUGGGUCAAAAAGACAGCUACGUAGGAGACGAGGCCCAAAGUAAAAGAGGUAUACUCACCUUAAAGUAUCCUAUAGAACAUGGUAUCAUUACCAAUUGGGAUGACAUGGAGAAGAUCUGGCAUCACACCUUCUACAACGAAUUGCGCGUUGCUCCUGAGGAACAUCCAGUCCUCCUCACCGAGGCUCCCCUGAACCCGAAAGCUAACCGCGAAAAGAUGACCCAGAUCAUGUUCGAAACCUUCAACAGCCCGGCCAUGUACGUCGCCAUCCAGGCCGUGCUGUCCCUGUACGCCUCCGGUCGUACCACCGGUAUCGUCUUGGACUCCGGAGACGGUGUCUCUCACACCGUACCCAUCUACGAAGGUUACGCCCUUCCUCACGCCAUCCUUCGUCUGGACUUGGCCGGUCGCGAUUUGACCGACUACCUCAUGAAGAUCCUUACCGAGAGAGGCUACAGCUUCACCACCACGGCCGAGCGAGAAAUCGUCCGUGACAUCAAGGAGAAACUUUGCUACGUUGCCCUGGACUUCGAACAGGAAAUGGCCACCGCAGCUGCCAGCACCUCCCUCGAGAAGAGCUACGAGUUGCCCGACGGACAGGUCAUCACCAUCGGUAACGAGAGGUUCCGUUGCCCAGAAGCUCUGUUCCAACCGUCCUUCCUGGGCAUGGAAUCCUGCGGUAUCCACGAGACCGUGUACAACUCCAUCAUGAAGUGCGACGUCGACAUCCGUAAGGAUCUGUACGCCAACAACGUACUCUCUGGUGGUACCACCAUGUACCCCGGUAUUGCCGACCGUAUGCAGAAGGAGAUCACUGCUCUGGCCCCGUCGACCAUCAAGAUCAAGAUCAUCGCUCCCCCCGAGAGGAAAUACUCCGUAUGGAUCGGUGGAUCUAUCCUGGCUUCCCUGUCCACCUUCCAGCAGAUGUGGAUCUCCAAGCAGGAGUACGACGAGUCCGGACCUGGCAUCGUUCACCGCAAGUGCUUCUAA